AUGUCGCUCGUCUCCGGAGAAAAGUCGAACUUCCAGUUCAUUCUGCGUCUGCUCAACACCAACGUACGCAUUCCCACGAUCCGCCCGCCAUUGCGCACCCUUCAAUCCGCAAAAUUGCCUCCUUCCAUACCCAGACACGCAAAGCCACAGACGCACGCAUCGCCAGACGAGACAAGAAGACCAGUGUUGACAUGUCACUUUACANNGGUUGAUGGCAAGCAGAAGGUCAUGUACGCCUUGACCAAGAUCAAGGGUGUCGGUCGCCGCUACUCCAACUUGGUCUGCAAGAAGGCCGAUGUUGACCUCAGCAAGCGGUACGCAUUUGGCUUUUGGACACACAGCAGAGAAUACUUGGAUCUAAUACGAACAAAACAGNNCGCUGGUGAACUCACCUCGGAAGAGCUCGAGCGUAUCGUCACCAUCAUCCAGAACCCUACCCAGUACAAGAUCCCCUCGUGGUUCCUCAACAGACAGCGCGACAUUGUCGACGGCAAGGACUUCCAGGUCCUCGCCAACGGUGUCGACUCCAAGCUCCGUGAGGACCUCGAGAGACUGAAGAAGAUCCGUGCCCACAGAGGUCUCCGCCACUACUGGGGCCUCCGCGUCCGUGGUCAGCACUCCAAGACCACUGGCCGCCGUGGUCGCACCGUCGGUGUCAGCAAGAAGAAGUAA